CGCCUCCAUUGGAGAAGAUGGUCUUUGUUCUACAGAAUGCGAAGGGUGAGGUGGGGCGAUCGUCAGGAUGAUACUACAGGCGGUAUUGACUUUUCAUACCUAGUAGACGGGAAUCAACCCUCGAUCUCGGUGUUCGAAAUGCUUCUCGCAUCACAAAGCCUGUCCGAUCUGUGCUUGAGAGUCUACUUCUCGCAGACCUAUUCCGAUGCCGAGUUUAUUAUCGUGAACUUUGCUCUAUACGCUUUGAUUUAUAUGCCGUGAACAUCCUGAACCCCCCCCCUCUCCUGGAAUCUCGUGGGCAUGGCGUCCCAGCAUGCUCGUACACCCGGGUUCCACACUCGCUCGGUCGGCACGAGAGACCUCUCGAACACCCUCAACUCCAAAGGGUUUCUCUUCUGGGCGAUCUAUGUGCUGGAAAGGUUCUUAUGCCUGCGGCUAGGCCGGACCUCGUCUUUGCAGGACGGCGAUGUGACCUUACCCCCGCCCCAAGCAUCAAUGGCGGGUGAGUCGGCUCUCGCAUACUUCGGUAACACGGUCAUGGUUGCCAGUCUCGCGGGAAGGGUCUAUGAGCAGCUAUAUUGCGCCGGGGCGCUUGGUCUGCCAGCCGAUGCACGGCGAAUCCGAGUGGCCACGUUGUCGCAGGAGCUGAAUGAUCUGAUCGAAACUUCACACACCAUCAGGGAUAAUUGGAUUCGCCAUGCAGUGGAUCACAAUGAUCGCGAGACUGCCAUUCACACGGCCAUGACCGGGGACGUCCAGCGGUUUUCCAUGCUGACGCUCAUCCACCGCGCCACCCCACCCCACAGCCUUGAAACCACCAUUAGCAAGGGGUGCAUUACCACGGCCCGCCACCCACUCGAAAAGCACCAGGACAUGAUUCGCAAUCUUCAUCUGCAGGGCUCCAUUCUUCUGACCUCUUAUAUCACCUGGUCCAUCCUAUUUGUCCCUUUUGUCCCCUUCAUCGCACUCUUCUGCCACGUCAUCGAAACCGGCGAUGAGGACCUCGCGAGCAUGCAGACAUUCGUCACUUCGCUCGAGUCCGCCUGCCCGAGCUCGCGGGCCAUCGCCAAGCACCAUCGUCUCUUCCAGGUCUUCCAUCGGGUUGCGCUGCGGUACAAAGCAUGUCGGGAUACGAGCAGCCUGUCGCAGCAAGAGUCUUUCAGCCUGCGUUUGGAGAUGAAUACUCAACUCCACGCGCUCGGAUUGCAGGUUCCGACGCCGCCUCCGAUAGGGCGGGGAAUUGGUGAGGCCAGUGCGGUUGGGGCCUGGUCUGGUUGUGGUGGUGGUACCGCUGCUGCUGCUGCGGAUGCAGAUGCGAUCGACCCUGGUUACUCGGCGGCCUCAGACGUAGAUCCCUGGAAGGAAUCAAGCCUGCAACUGGGUGAAUGGUUCUCAUUCAGCCAGAGUAUGAUGGACUUGGCAGACGGGGACGAGUGGUUUUCAUAG